AACAUUCCAUUUGUACACAAAAGAAAAACACAGAAAUUUAUUUACUCCAAGUUUUUAUUGUUUUUUUAUAAAAGUUAUUAGUUUUAUUAAUAUGGAACUAUCACCCAAUGGUGAACCGGUUGAUAAAAAACCUAUUUUAACUGCAGAUGGUCUAAUACAACCUUCGGCACAGGCGGCAAACACUGCAAAUAAUUCACCCAACACCACUUUGACAGCUUCCAAUCUUGACAUCGAAAUCUUACCUGUCAUUUACGAUAUUAUACGCUGUGUGGAAAAGGAUCCUAAAGAUAAUACGGCCAAACAGAGGGAAUCUCAGGAGUGUAGUCAAAAGAUCUUGGAACUACAAAAACGUUUUGAAUCCGCCCGAGCACAAAUACGUCUAUUGCCCGGCAUUGAUUACAACAAAGAAGAACAAUUACAAAAAUUAGAAUUGUUAAAAAAUCAAUUGAAACUUAAACAACAACUUAUACGCAAAUACAAAGACAUACAAUUUUAA